GACGUGCUACUUGCAUGUUAGCAUGAGAACAUGAGGAUGAAGGAAUUAUGCACCCUCCACUCAGUAGUUAAUCUAUAAAUAUAUAUGUUUUAAACACGUCACAGUCUGUCAGUUGCUACGCAAGACAUACCAGUAACACAAACGAAGGAUGGAGAGGAAUGAAGAUGGGAAUGUAAAAUUGUAUGCCAUUUCUGAUUGACUUAAGUUAGGUCUUACAGGCUACAACAGGUGCUAGGUAAUGCUAGCAUAGUUAGCUGGCUGGCUUGCAUGCAAGUCGAAGUGAACGGUUGCAAACGAAGUGACAGCUGGGGCAAUUUACUAUGGAUCAAAGCGGUUGUAGUUCUAAACUUACAUUUUAGUUUUAACGUCGUUUUAACCAUAGUCGAUAGUUCUGAAUGAUUUCAAUCCAUUACUUUGCAGCAAGUCUGCUGCUGCAUACGACCAUCUUCUUGUGUUGGCUAACCUUAAUGGCUAGCUAUCUAGCUAAGUUAACUUAAGUUUGACAUGUUUGGACGGCACGUAUUUGAAACGCUGACCAAGCUUAUAACUCUCAGGGGCGUGCAUUUUCCUGCGUCCGCAAAUGUCCGAUUACUGGUUUGCUCUAAUGAGAAAUUAUUUCAGCUAACUCGAGCAAGCUCUUGCAACAUCUUGCCAAGUAAGCUAAAUUAUAUGGACAUGCAACCUCCUGGCGGCCUCGAAGUCGCCUCUCUUCUUGAGGUCGAUAUUCCCAUGGAGCAUGAUAGUCAUGAGUUAUCAUCUGCAACAGUUGCAAGUUUUGAUACAGUCCCUGCAGAGAAAGCUUCAAGUUCUGUGAAAGGAGACGUCAGCCCUGAAAAGGCAAAGAGAGUGAAAAAGAAAGCUAAGAAGCCUCACGGUCGUAAGAAGCAGACAAAGAUAUCAGAGUGCACUGAUGACCUCAUGGCAGAACUACCUUUUGCUGGCACAAAAGUGUGGAAAGACCUUGAAUUUACAAGCUCAGAGCGACUGAAGAAAAAACGGAAAAUUGGUGAAAGUGGAGAGAGCGAGGAGGAUGGAGACGGAAAAAAAAAGAAGAAGAAAAAGGAGUCUCACCGUCCAAAUUACUUUGUCUCGAUUCCAAUCACUAACCCACAGAUUAAGGCGGAGGUGGAGGCAGUCCAGGCGGAGGUAAUCCGGAGAGACCCUCGGCUGAGCCGUGCGCUCAUCCCCACCGGCAGCCUGCAUAUCACGCUGCUGGUGACCCACUUGGGCAGCCAGGAGCAAGUCGACUCGGCCGCAUGUGCUCUGGACCACAGCAGGCAGAGCGUGUUGGAGCUGCUGGAGGGCCGGGAGCUGGUGCUGCCCUUCUCUGGCGUGACCAGCUUCAAGAACGAGGUGGUGUUCGUCCAGCUCACAGAGGGGGAGCACGUUGACAAGCUGACAGAAAUUGCAGAGGCAGUGAGGCGGACGUUUGUGGAGCGCGGCAUCGCUGUGACGGACGACAAAGCCUUCAAACCUCACCUGACCUUCAUGAAGCUCUCCCGGGCACCCAGACUCAGGAGUCAGGGCAUUAAGAAGCUGGACCCGGAGCUGUACACCGAGUUCUCUCAACAGCGAUUUGGGGACGAAACCUUGUCCCGCUUAGACCUGUGCUCCAUGCUGAAGAAGAAGAGCCCCGAUGGCUACUUCCACCGCGAGAAGUCCGUCAGCUUCGAUCUUACUCAAAGAGCUCACCGAGCCUCACGGACAAGUGGAAAGAAGCAUCCGGAGCCAGACGAUGAGGAACUGGUAAGCCUGAGCAAGCGUCUGGUAGACGACGCGGUGUUACGGGCCGUGCAGCAGUACAUGGAGGAGACGCAGCAGAGCAACGGCGCCGCCCAGACCAAAGGCGAGGGCCCCACGCCCAGACCGUCGCCCACGGCAACCCAGCUUCCAGCGAACACCCUCAACUCUAACGCCAGCAAAUGACUGCCCAGCCGACAAACCCCUGACCUCCGCCCCCCAGCCCCCAGCACAGCCCACUGAGGGGCCCAGCCUCUGCUACAUCCCUCACCCCACACCCCCACCCCAAGGCAGGGCACCAGCCAGAGGUGCCCACAGCUUGGGCAGCAGAGACUACAUGAAGAGCCAAAAGAUGAGGAAGAAGAUGAGGAAGAAGAAGUGGAAGAGCUCCCUUGAGAAUUGAAGGCUUUUUUUUUUUUUUUUUUUUGGAGUGUUGCGCAGUAUUUAUCCUGGAUAUGCAGCGGUGAGGAUUUGAGAAGAUUGGAAGCUUGUGCAGCUUUUUUUCUUUUUUUUUUUUUUUGUUUCCCAUUGUAUUUUUUGUCUUUCUGAGUUAUGAUCCCUGCCAAGCAGCUCAGCACAACCCACCGUACUCUACUGUCUUGACUCUCACAUUACAUUUUACACUCUCCACGUGUACACAAAUGAUUAUUUUUGGUUUUUUUCUUGACUAUUUCCAUUUUAAUUUAGAGUGACCUUUUCUCUUCUGUCCUUGACAGUAUGUAUGUGUGAGUGUGUGUAUUUGUUUGUAAGUAUCUUGGGUCCCUGAGUGGAAGACUUUGACCUUUUGUGCAGAGGUUACCACUAGAAUCGAACUGUCGAACACCCACACAAACCCUGGGUGCUCAAACACUUGGUGGUGAAGAUGGACAGUUAUGGUCAGGCACACACUACACCUGCAUCUCUUUUGCGGUCAGUUGUCUGGAGAACCGCAAAACAGGCAGGCCAGUCUCGGGCUGACAUCAGCUGAUUGGUGCAAAGACAAUCACACAUCUCGACUAAACCUUAAAAUAUCACUACAGAACAAAACAAAACAAAAAACAAAAGCCAGCUUCUCCGAAAACCUUGUCUGAAACUAAGACCAAUGAAAUGUGUUUUUAGAGUUCGUAUGAAAUUCUACUAUUAUUAUUAUUAUUAUUAUUAUUAUUAUUAUUAUUAUUAUGAUCAUGGACUAUGCAGUUGAAAAACAUGCUGUGAACGAUGUUUACACAUUGUGCAGUCAGUGCUAUGUGUUUGCUGAAACUUGAAAAACAGUAGCGUUUUAAUCCUAGCAAUGUCCAUAUGGGGGGUGAGGAUGCUUUAAAACUCCACAGGGGCUGUAGGCAGGGAGUGUGGGGCAGGAUGGAAAGGGUUAAGAGGAUUGGCAACCAUCAUGUUUUGAGUUCAAAAGGCCAGCCAGUGUUUUUAUUACGUCUGGUUUUUGGUUCUUGUUUUUGUUUCGUUUUUUGGUUGUGUUGUCUCAUUGUUGAUGUUUGGAACAGGGUGUGAGUGUGAUGAGAGCUCCAUCAGAAAGGCCCUGGACUGUCAGAGAAAAUCGGUCCGGCAGAGACUGGGGAGCAUUCGGACUCUCCUGACCCAGCCGUCGGUGCGAGCUCAGAUCAUCCAGGAGCUCCAUGGAGAGCACAGGACACAUGCACCACCUUGACCACUCAUUGACCCUAGCUGGACAGUGUUCAGGACAACACAUCGCGAAGGAAAAUGGCCUAUCCAUAGCCAAUGAAGUAUUGCUGUUGCAGCUGUAAUAAUUGACAAAAAAUGGACUGUUAAUGUGAUGUGUAUGAAAAGCUAAGGCGCACACACACACACCUACAUGCAUAAUGACACACACACACACGCACACACUGAGAGCUCACUGUCUUAAGCCAAUGACUAAGGUGAAUACAUCUGACAGGUCUGGACGAUUCCCAUAUUUUACAUUAUCUUUAAAUUAUUUUUGCAUUAUCUCAUUUUAAAUUCUCUUAAAAGUCUUUAAAACCUGUUCUUACAUGCAAAAAGCACAAACACAUAAGUUGAAGUUUAAAAGUUAUUUUUGCAUUUCAUUAGGGUCAAAGAGAGACCUUAGCUACCACUUCAAGUGGCCUUAACUAUUCAAUUAGAACAUGGAUGUUGCGUCAUAACCUUGCACUCAGAGACAUGGUUUCAAUGCUUUUUACUUUUCAUCGUCUGUUAGUAUUACAGCUGAAACUUUCACCAAAACCUUAAAAAGAACAGAACACAUGCUUUAUUUUCCCAUUUCAUACUCAUUUGUUUGCUGUCAUACACGGCGAGUCAGAUGAGAUGAAGUGAUUUUUGUUUUUUGAUUUUUUUUUACUUUAGCUCUGCCAGAUGUUGAGUGUCAUUUAAUAUGAUCAGCCAUGGUAAACAGUCCGACUCAAUAAAAGCAGGAUGUGAUUUUU